AUGUUAAUUAAUCCAUCUAAUAAUGCAAAUUGUGAAAAAGAUGCAUCAAAGUUUUUAGCAUUAUCCAAAGACCUAAGAGUAAAGAAUAAAGUACAAUUGCAUAAGUUGGCUGACAGUGAUUUUGAUUUUUCCAACAAUUAUGAAGAUUUUCUUAGCAAUAUGAAUAUUAACUACAUUCUUAUGGAUAACGAGACAGCAAAUGGUAUAGCAUAUAUAACAGGUUGGGUUUGUUCUCAAUUAACUCAUAAGGCUUGUGUUGAAAAAUUGGCAUCCAGUAACAAAUCUGAGAAUAGUGCUUCUUUCAACAUAGAUAAUACCUUAAUCAAUAUGAAGGAAUACAAUGAUUGUAAUUUAUUGUACCCUUUUAUAAAAACACUUGAAUAUACAAAGCAUAUAACUGCAUUAUUCAAUUCAUCAAUUGAAGAAUUACUUUUUAUAAAAAUAGAAAAUAUUAAAAGAAAUCAAAAAAUAUUAAUUAAAACUAUUUGUAAAAGAUAUACAUUGGAUAUUUGUGAAAACUGUGAAGAUACAUUUGUUGAUAAGUAUUUAAAUGUCAGUAUAAAUAGUUAUGUAAAAAAGUGCAAUGACUCUUCUGUACCAUAUAAAUAUUUAAAUAAUAAAAAGUUAAAAAAAAUUACUCAUAUUUAA